UGUCGCGUCUUUCAGAAUUGCCGUGCGUUGCGCUGGUCAGCUGUCGACAGAUGUAGACGCAACCGGCAAACCGUGGUGAAUGGUCUAGAAAGGUGUUCUCUUGGGGUGAUUCUUAAUUUUUUCGACGUGGGAAUCGUCGUUUGUUAAUCGUCGUUCGUCGUCGCUGGUCGUCGCUGUUGCGUCGUCGAUCGGACGCGGUCCGUUUUCGGCCCGAAGAGCUGGAAUUCUCGAGGCGGACGUCGCGUUCGCGCCACCUUACUGAAAAGUAUUCUUUUCGAGAACGAGGCCGACGUUUUACGUUGCGGCGUAUCCCGUGGCAAAAAUUACGAAUAAAAACGAGCAUAAUUGAGUUGGAAGGAAUUAACGCUGAUUUCGGUAAUUUCAAUAAAACGGAGCUUGAAUAGUUUUUGAAGGAAUGGAAAGUCCAUUACCACUAAUCAUGGAGAGUGCCGACACGGAUUUUGAUAUCAAACCGAAGGAUAGGCUAGUCAGUUUGCUCGAUGAAAUUGAAAUACACGUCGAGCAGCUUCGAAAGGAUGCUUGGAGACUGGAGGAAGAAAAGGAUACCUUAAUUACUACACUGGACACUCUGCGGAACAACGAGCUCAUGUGCUCACUGGGAGAACAUGACAGAGAUGAUAUCUUGAGAUAUGCUGAAAGGCUGUCUAUGCGUUGCUUAACUGUAGAUGUUCUUGUGAAAAUCCAGCGAGACCAAAUCCAACAAGAAGCACUGCAUCAGGUAAAUGACCUGAUCGACAGUCUAGUAAUAGGUCUGCGUAGCGAUCCAAGUGGCACCAGGUUACGCUGUGCAUCAUUUAUGAAUGCAUGCUCGUCGCAUGCCAUUGGUCAGUCAGAUAAGACUUUUGAAACUGCUAUUCUUGGCUGUACUCUGGACGACCAGAAACGUGUAAGGAAACGACUGCAGGGAUUAUUGGAUUACAUUGACAAAAUGCAUACCAUCCAGUUUGACCAGUGAAGUCACAACGCAAGAGUAGUUCAAGGAAAGGACUUUAUCGCGUUUGUGUUUCAAGAAUGAUUACUUGACAUCGUAAGAAUUCCGUGCAAAGGAGCAGGAGAACAAGAGAGGGAGAGGGAGAGAGAGAGAGAGAGUGGAAGAAAGCUGUGUCACAAUGGAUACAAAGUAACACCACGGUACCACAUGUAAUCCUCAUAUGAAGAUUUUAAUUUUUUUGGUAAAGGGAUGCAUUCCUGCUACAAGCUGCAACUUAUACAUCAGGAGUUUUAAAAGGAAAAUGAAGAACGAUAAUAAGAAGUAGAUAUUUGGAAACAUCGGUUAGUCUCGCUCCGAUAGAUUUGAAUAAUUCUGUUCGAUGGAAUGAAUGGAAAUUCAUGUUCAUCAAUGUAGACAACUACAGAACGGAACAUUAAAUGUAUACAGCUUCAGAACGUUUCUGUUUCUCUUUAGUAAGAAAAGAUAAUAAGAUAUUGAAAUUAAUCAAAUGAUUUUUUGGGGACUCACUGAAAUGUGCAUUUGCGAGAUCAAUGGUAAGGGGUAGACGGUUCUCUCUUUUAGAGUACAUGGAAAUCAAAUGAACCGAGCUGUUGACUAUCGAAGUACUGGGAGAACGGUCCACAUAUGUACCAUAGUAUCAACAAAAUAUAUAUGUGUAUAUGUUAUAAUUUCUUCAUAAUCAACAAGAACUUAACGAUUGAUUCUUUUUUAAAUUCUUUGGCUCAGUAUAUUUUUUGUUUUAUUUUACCUUCUGUAAUUGUCCGCAAUGCACUCUGUAUUUCCUAUUUUUGCACACGUCAUGUAAUUUUGCAUAAUUGUAAACAUAAUAGUUGGCAGAAGAUUAAACUUAAAAUUACAUAUUUUGACAUUUCUGUUCUUAAUAGUUUAAAAAAUAUAUAGUUUUUGAAGCAGUGA